AUGAAUAUUUCUAGUGAAACAAACAAUGUUACUUCCUCUCUAUCAAAUUCUUUAAGUACACUAGACGAAGCUCUUGUUGGUCUAUUCUCCCUUAUAUUUUGCGUCGGUGUUAUUGGCAAUUCUUUCGUCAUUUAUGUUUUUGGUGCAAAAUAUAAAGACUUGCGUUCGAAGCAGGAAAUAUUGAUAUUAUUAUUGGCUGUGGUGGAUUUUAUAGCAUCGAUUGCAAAUCCAGCCCUUUUUAUAUAUUAUACAGUUACAAAAUAUGGCAGAUGGGAUUUCGGCGAGGCUGGCUGUAAGAUCUUUCCAACAAUUGGUCCUGUUGCAACGAGUUGGUCACAAGGAAUUAUAUUAAUCAUGGCACUUGAUCGUGAUCGAGCAAUUGUGACACCUUUAAAAAGUUCGUUUUCAAGUAAAACCAUCUAUAAGGCAGUUGCUGUUGCGUUGCUACUUUCUAUGUUGUCAUAUUUUGAUUAUACUUGGUAUUUAACAUCCCAUGGUCAAAAAACAUGUCAAGGGUACGGCGAUCAUUUAUUAACAUACAUUAUACCAAGAAUCUGCUCUUUGCUAAUAAGUGAUAUUUUGUUUCUAAUUAUCUUUGUUGCUACAAUUACAAGGGUGUAUCUUAUUUUACGGAGGAAAGAUGUGAUGGGAUUUGACGAAGUCACGAAGAAAUAUCGAAAAGAAAAAAAUAGGCGAGCUAUGCGUUUACUGUUGACAAUGGGCACUGUUUUUGCGUUUUGCAUUUACCCGAGAGACUUGUAUCAACUGUCAUAUCAUGUUUCUCUUGUGAUCCCUCCCAAAAUGGUAUUUGAUCAAAAACUUCUUAACAUUAACGCCGCUCUGAAGGUCUUCCACACAGCGAAUAGCUGUGUUAACGUAUUCAUAUAUGCUUUUAUGCAUCCUAAAAUGAAGUUGGAAAUCAAAAGACUAUCUCGUAGAUUAACAUUGUGUACACGAAAAAAGAUCAGUUUUGAAAUUAAAAGGAAACCAGGACUUACUUCAAAGACAAUUCGUAGCGCAACUGAAAACACAAGGAUUCGAAGCUCAACUGAAAACACCAUUUUGGGAUCUCCAACAAUUAGCAAAAUGGCUUUGAAUUUGACUGUUUUCACGAAAAACAAUGAUGAUGUUUUUGAAAACAACAAUACCAGAUUCACUACCACGUCUGUUACUUAG